AUGGAGCUGAGAAAGUGGUGCUCCAGUUCCGAAACGCUGAACGAGCAAUUUCGUGCAGACGGUGUCUCCCUCGACGACAUUGGUCAACCGUUGGUUAGAUGCAAGUUGCUUGGUCUUCCGUGGAACCGACCUGCUGACACUAUCGUAAUGACCACUCAAAACCUGUCAUCUUACGUUGCUACGCAGCCAGCUACUAAUCGAGUUGUACUUCAGACCUUUGCGAGGCUGUUUGACCCUCUUGGGCUUCUUGGACCGUUUCUCGUCCGCGCCAAACUUCUGUUCCAAGAGCUAUGGCGGCGCAAUUGCACAUGGGAAGAAGCUCUACCUGAGGACGUGCAUGAACAGUGGAAGACCUGGACGUCCGAGCUUAGCCAACUUUCAUCGUUCCAAGUCCCACGUUGUGUCAUAUCUCCUGCAACGGAAGGCGCAAAAGGACAGGAGCUUCACGUAUUUUGCGACGCAAGCCCAAUGGCGUACGGGGUUGCCGUUUAUGUGAGGUGCGUCAUGUCUGAGAACAGUUUCGCUCCACAGCUCCUCAUGAGUAAAGGUCGCUUAGCCCCGUUACGGCCCGUUUUGAUUCCAAGGCUGGAACUAUUGGCCUGCUUGUUGGCAGCCAGGUUAUGCCACUAUGUCAGACAACUUCCCGAGAUCUCACAGGCCGUGGCUCACCUUUGGACUGACUCUGCGAUCGCAUUGCACUGGAUAUGUGGUGACGCGGUCGGCCAGGAAGUAUUUGUACGAAACCGCUCGUCCGAGAUUCGCCGCCUAACCAGAGGAUUCCACUGGCACCACUGCUGGAUUAUCCAGGCGGAGCCAGGAUAA